ACGAUCUGCUGUCCUCCGUCGUGACAUUGUCGUUCAAUAGUCAGCAGACGUUCGAGUCGCGACUAUGUCGCACUCUUUCCGUGUAUCUCCCACGUACAACGUUACGCACGAGCAGGACAGCGAGUACAGCAUCCAGCUAAAUCGCUGGUUCCUGAAGCCGAUCGGUGCUUGGCCAAACAGUGCCAAUAAACCAGUCAGCAUUACAGAGAAAUUGCUGUACCGCUGUAUCCAGUUCAUCUGCCAUUCUCUGAUCGCCUUCACUAUAGUGCCAUGCGUGCUGUACAUCAUAUUCGAGCCGAACGUGCAUUUGAAACUGAAAGCUUUCGGUCCGAUGAUACACUGGCUAAUGGGUGGCGUAAAUUACUGUUCGCUGCUGUUGCGUGGAUACGAGAUACGCAAGUGUGUGGACCACAUGAGGACCGAUUGGCGGCACGUGAACAGUGCGUACGAUCGGGAACUAAUGUUGAAGAACGCCAAAUUUGGACGAUUUGUGUCCGCCUUUUGCGCGAUUUUCAUGCAGGGUGGUGUUUGCUCCUACAGUAUCAUCACUAGUUUCACGCCGGCAAUCGUGCAGAUCGGCAAUGUCACUAUCACGAUGCACCAACUGCCGUGUCCGUUCUACACGGAGCUGGUGGACGCUAGAUUCAGUCCGACGAACGAGAUUGUACUUGUUCUCCAACUUCUCUCGACCAUCAUCGUGAACACCGUCACGGUGGGUGCGUGCAGUCUCGCCGCGGUCUUCGCCAUGCACGCCUGCGGCCAGCUGAACAUCCUGAUGGUGAGAUUGGAUGAGCUCGUCGAUGUGUCGUCGAUAAAGAGCGAGCAUAAGACCACGCGCCGGAAGCUGACUGCCAUCGUGGAGCAUCACCUACGUACGUUGAGUUUUGUGUCGCAAAUAGAAACGGUUAUGCAUCAGAUAUGUCUCGUCGAGCUAAUGGGAUGCACGACAGACAUGUGCAUGCUCGGAUAUUAUACGAUUACGGAAUGGAAACUACACGACACGAAAAAUUUACUCACGUACUUCACUAUAUUUAUAGCCAUGUCAUGCAACAUUUUUAUAUUUUGCUACAUCGCUGAAAUUCUCACGGAUCAGUGUCAAAAAGUAGGCGAUGUGACAUACAUGACAAAUUGGUACCAAUUGCAUCAUAAAAUCGCGAUAGAUUUGAUCCUAAUAAUAUCAAGAUCAAACGCCGUUAUUAAAAUAACAGCCGGGAAAAUGAUUCAACUGUCUAUUGCAACAUUUGGAGAUGUGAUGAAAACAGCGUUUGCAUAUUUAAAUAUACUCAGAACAGUAGCAACAUAACAAAAAC